CUGCCAGCUCUCAAAGUCACCUUGUCCCGAGUCGCCGAGCUCUCUCGGCAAAUCAUUAAUCGGCUCCUCGGCAUUCCCGCAUGGAAAAAUGUCCCAGCGGGUGCCCCCGGGCUGGCACUCGGACAUGCAGCUCCCCGGGAAGCUGCUCCUGUCGGCGGCCGCGCUGCUGCUCCUGUCCCUGGCCUUCAGGUUUUACAGGAACCGCUCUUCUCCCCCGGGAAAAAUCCCGCCGGGAGAGCAGCUGGAAAAGCGGGAUGGAGAUGGGGAUGGGGGCGUGAGGAGGAGGAGGAGGAGGAAGGAUGGGGAUGGCCUCGGGGUGCGGCACGAGCCUCGCUGGGGAGAGCGGAGUUUUCCAAGGAGUGAGGAGGAGGAGGAGGAGGAAGGAGAGGAGGAGGGUUGGGAGCUGGGCUUGAUUCCCAGGAAAGCCCCGCGAGGUCCGGCCGGGAUGGGAAGGGAACUGGGAAGGGAAUUGGGAAGGGAAUUGGGAGUUAAAUCAGAAAGAGAAGCAGGGGUUGAGCUGGGGGGUGAUCCCGGGAGCGGGAUGGGAAGGGAGCUGGGAAAAGGACCGGGAAGCGAGCUGGGAAAAGGGCCGGGAAGCAAGCUGGGAAAAGAGCUGGGAAUCAAGCCGAGAAACAAUCCAGGAAGAAAGCCAGGAAGCAAACUGGUAACGAAGCCAGGAAAUGAGUCGGGAAGUGAGCAGGAAAAGGAGCCGGGAAUGGAGCUGGGAAAUCAAUUGGGAUUUAAGUCAGGAAUGGAGCUGAGAAGUGAGCAGGGAAGCGAACCAGGAAGCGAGCCGGGAAUUUUGCUGGGAGACAAGGCAGGAAUCGAGGUGGGAGGUGAGCCGGGAAUUUGGCCGGGAAGCGAGCUGGGCUCUCACGGCCCCGAGGAGGGGGACGGAGCUGCCCCGAGCUCCGGGCGCUCCCCGGGGCCUGGCGAUGCCCGGACAGAGGGGGAUGGAUGUGCCCAGAGCACGGAGCAGGCUCCGGCUGGAGCCGGGAGGAGCAGCAAGGGCAGCCCGGGGACCGUCCGGACCCUCAGCGUCACCUCCAACCUGGGGCUGCUGCUGACGGCGAGCGAGGCGGGCUCGGACACCUCCUACCGCUUCUCCUCGGUGGCCAAGAUCCAGGUGGAGGAGAACUUCAUCCCGGAGCGCCGGGACAAGGACGGGGACAGGCCUGGCCUGCGGGGCAAAGUCUACGACUACUUCGUGCAGUCCAUCUCCGAGUCGGUGUCCAGGAGAACCUCCCUGCCCUUCGUCCCUGCCGGGACCUGCCGGGGCCGGGCAGUGCCGCAGAGCUCCGGAACCCACGCGGAGAAGAACCCAGCCUUGGGAAUUCCUGAUCCCAACACCCCCGCGGCUCCGCAGGAGGGCACGGAGAGCCCUCCCCAGCCACCUUCUCCCGGCACCCUCGGCAUCGCCUCCGAGCUCCCGCUGCCCUGCGGGGCUCCUGAGCCAUCCCGAGAGCCGCAGCCCGGCCGGGUUCACCUGGGGAACUGCUCCGAGGUUCUGCGCUCGGCCAAGGCGCGGCAGCUGCGGGCCCUGCAGGACUCGGCGCUGCAGGUGAUGAGCCAGCACCUCCUGCAAGUGCUGCGCUCCCCGGACAUCUACGGCCGCCUCAAGGCCGGCGAGCGGGAGCUGCUCCCGGCGCUACGGAGCCGCGGGCGGCCGCGCCUGGUGGUGGCCGAUGUCCCCUCGGGCCAGCCCGGCCACUCCCGAGGCCGCCUCUGCUACUACGACGAGGACGGGGACCGCUGGUGGCAGCUGUGCCAGCUGCCGGCAGAGGUGGCCGGGCGGGGCUGCGCCGUGUGCUCCAUGUUCAAUUACCUGUUCGUGCUGCCCGCCUGGGAGGGCUCGGGCCGGGCUCGGAGCCCCUCCCGCCGCGUGCUCUGCUACGACCCCCUGAGCGACAGCUGGAGCGACAUCUGUCCCCUGCGCCAGGCGCGGCCGCGCUGCCGGCUGGUGGCCCUGGACGGCCACCUCUACGCCAUCGGGGGCGAGUGUUUGGCCACCGUGGAGCGCUACGACCCCCGCAGGGACCGCUGGGCCUUCGUCGCCGCCCUGCCCGGGGACACUUUCGCCGUGGCCCACGCGGCCGCCGCGUGCGACGGCGACAUUUAUGUCACCGGGGGCACCCUGCGCUCGCUGCUGCUGCGCUACGAUCCCCGCGGGGACAGCUGGGCCACCGGCCCGGCCUUCGGCGACAAGGACGGGACCGCCGAGCUGGUGAGCGCCCACGGCUUCCUGUACCGCUUCCAGCUGCGGCGCGGCGAUGUCGCCGAUGUCGCCGAUGUGGCCGUGUCGCGAUGCAGCGCCAGCGCGGGGCUGUGGUACCGCUGCUGUGCCAGCCGCCCCCUGGCCGAGCCGGCCGGGCUGAGCUGCGCCGCCCUGGGCGGCCUCAUCCACUGCCUGGGCCGGGGUUUCCAUCUCCGCUUCCUCGCCGAUCCCGUCUCGCCGCGCUUCGGGGCCAAGGAGCUGCGGCCGUUCCCGGAGCCGCACGGGAACCUCCUGCCCGCGGUGCUGGCGCUGCCCGAGGCGGGCACGGAGCCUCCGCAGCACUGAGGGGACCCCACGAGAGGGGGAGGCUGGAGGAGGAGCCCCCAGCUGGAGCUGGGCAGCCCAGACUUCCAUGGACAUGGAGUGGUCCCAUUCCCGGAUGGAGGAAGGGCUCUCAAACCCUUGGAUUUGGUCUGUUCCCAUUCCCGGGAUGCAGCAAGGGAUCAAUCCCUUGGAUUUCAUUUGUUCCCAUUCCCGGGAUGCAGGAAGGGAUCAAACCCUUGGAUUUCAUUUGUUCCCAUUCCCAGGAUACAGGAAUGGAUCAAACCCUUGGAUUUGGUCUGUUCCCAUUCCCGGGAUGCAGGAAGGGAUCAAAACCUUGGAUUUCAUUUGUUCCCAUUCCCAGGAUACAGGAGUGGAUCAAACCCUUGGAUUUCAUUUGUUCCCAUUCCCAGGAUACAGGAAUGGAUCAAACCCUUGGGCGCUGCCGGGAUCGGAGCCCGGAGGCUCCGGGAAGAGCCGGGAGGAGCUGGGCGCACCCGUUUGCUCAGGGCAGUUUAAACAGGGCCGUGUUUGCUCAGCCAGCAAAUCCCGGAUCCUCCUUUCCAGAGGGAUCAUCCCGCUGCUGCCGGGCUGGAAUUCCCGAGUUUUUCUUUGUUUUUGGUGGAUGUUUCAGCUGAAAAAUUCCACGAAUCCCAAAAUCUCCUCAUUUUUUGCCCGUCAUCAUUGAACCCCUCGCUCCGGAGCUUCCUCUCGUGUUCCCCACACAUUCCUGCUUUUCCCACGGCAAAUUCCAGCUGUUGGAGUAUUCCAGCCCCUUGGAAUGUGCAAACCUCUUUUGUCCCCAUCCCAAAUCCCGGAUUUUUGCCCUUUCCCUGUGACCGCUGGAGGGGAGAAUUCCCGGCUGGCUGGGAACGAGGCCCUGGAGCCCUUCCAGAGGACAUUGGAUUGUUUUCCAUCCCGGGAAAGCUUUCCCAGAUCCCUCCUUUCUCCCGGUUCAUGUUUCACCUUCCCUUUAACCCCUUCCUGCCUCCCGAUCCCGCCAAUCCCGCAUUCCCGAGGGAUGAACGCCAAGGACGGCGCGCUCCCUCCCCCGCUCCUGCACUCUCCAUGAUUAAUUUUGGGAAGCAUUUGGGAGAUUAAAAACGCUCGGGGACAUCCCGGGCUCGUCCUGCCGGGAAGGACACGCUGGAAUGGCUUUGGGAUGAGGGAAAGGAAAAUAAAAGGAAAAGGACAAAUCCAAAGCCGCGUUCAGACCCGGAGGUUUCAUUCCGUGCCCCCAAAUCCCGAAGGUUUGGAUCAUUCCCUCCCAAAUCCCAAAGGUUUGGUCCUUUUCCUGCUCUCAAAUCCCGAAGUUUUGGAUCGUUCCUGGCUCCCAAAUCCCAAAGGUUUGGAUCUUUCCCUGAUCCCAAAUCCAGGAGCUUUGAUUUUUCCCUGCUCCCCCAUCCCAAAGAUUUGGUUCAUUUCCCAAUCCCAAAUCCCGAAGAUUUGGUUCCUUCCCUGAUCCCAAAUCCCGAAGGUUUUGUCCUUUUACUGGGAUGUCCUGGACAUUCAUGGAAAAGUCGGCAAAGCUGCCUCUGUUUCCAGGGAAAAGGGUUGGGAAUGUUCACGGCGCAUCCCAAAAAACUCCACAACUCCCCCAUGGAUCCUUCCGGGCGUAUCCAAGGAUAAACAGCCAGAGGUCAGCCUGGAUCCUGCGGGAAUGGGAUUUUCCCUGGAAUCCGUGAAUGGGAACAGGGAGAGCUCCGGGAUCCAACAGGGACAGCAGCUGGGCCUCCUGAAAAUCCGGGAAUCCCUGGAAUUGCCGGGCUCACAAAUUCUGGGAAUCCCUGGAAUUCUGGGGGCUCUCCACAUUCCCAUCCCUGGAUCCAGGGAGAAGUAAAAGUUCCUUCCGGGAGAAUUUCUGCAGCUCCAGCAGAAUUCCCGGCGCAUCCCAGGUGCUCCCGGAGACGCUCCCAUCAUUUCUGCUUCCCAGCUUUUUCCCGAUCCUGCUUCCUCAGGUCCUUCCCUUCCGCUCUGCUUUCCCAGGAUUUGCUCCCGGGAAGCGGAAGAAAAGCUGAGCUGGCUCCAUGGGAAUUCCAGAGGGAGCCGAGGCUCUGGAAAAGCUCUGGAAAAGCUCUGGGAAAGGUCAGGGGUUCCCAGGAACUGCUGGAUCCCCCUCAUCCCAUUCCUGGUGCUCCAUCCCAUCCUUGGAGCUCCAUCCCAAUCCCUGGAGCUCCAUCCCAAUCCUUGGAGCUCCAUCCCCAUCCUUGGAGCUCCAUCCCCAUCCUUGGAGCUCCAUCCCCAUCCUUGGAGCUCCAUCCCAAUCCUUGGAGCUCCAAACCAUUUGGGGAAGGGGAUAAAGAAUCCCAGGAACUUCCUGAAGAUAAUCAGGACCCUAAAACAGAAUUUGGGAUUGUCUAGAUUCUGAAUUUUGGGAUUUCACUGGAAAAUUUUGCCGAAAAGCGGGAAAAUCCGGGUGUGAGGAGAGGAGGGAAAAUCCAGGAGCGCCGGAAACCGCAGGAAUUUUCAAAUUCAGGAAUUUUCAAUGGGAGCUGAGCCUCAAAAUCCUCAAAUUCCCUUUUCCCAGGUUUUUUUCCCGGGCGUUGCUGCCAUCUAACGGCUCCCGGUUGAAAGCUUGGAAAAACGGGAUUUAUUCCCCAUUUCCCGGCUUUAUUCCCAACUUUGAGCAUCGCCAUUCCUUUGGCUUUUCCUGUGGGAUUUUUGUUUUUUUCCUGCUUUAUUUGCAGCCGGGAUCUUCCCGGGAAUUUUAUUCCCAGAUGACAUCCCGGGUUUUUCCAAGAUUUAUGGUAAUCCUAAAAUCCAGAGGCUUCAGGCAAAGAAGGAAUGGGAAUAACUGUAAAUUAUAAUGGGAAAAAAAUAUUAUUUUUAAUUCUAAUUAAAUUAUUAAUACUUACUAAUCAAUUCGUAAUUAAUCAU